CGGACAGCAACGCUAACGAAGAAGUCUCGCCCAGAGAUUUUCGAUUUAAACAAAUAAUUGUAAAAUAAACAUUUUGACAAAAUGAUGAACGCCGUGACCCGUGCUUAUGUGCGUGCGAGUGGCCUUAAGGCCACCGGAGCUGCUGUCAACGCAGUGGCUGCGCGCCAGGCUCACACCGAUCUGCAGGUGCCUGACUUCUCGCCAUACCGUCGCGACUCUGUCAAGGAUGCGCGUCGCCGCAACGAGACCGCAGAGGAACGCAAAGCGUUCUCUUAUAUGCUAGUCGGUGCUGGUGCCGUGGGCGCCGCCUAUGCCGCCAAGGGUCUGGUCAACACCUUUGUGGGAUCCAUGAGUGCUUCGGCCGAUGUGCUGGCCAUGGCUAAGAUCGAAAUUAAAUUGGCCGAUAUUGCCGAGGGCAAGUCUGUCACAUUCAAGUGGCGCGGCAAGCCGCUGUUUAUCCGCCACCGCACUCCGGCUGAGAUUGAAACGGAAAGGAAUGUGCCCACAUCAGCUCUACGCGAUCCAGAAACAGACGACCAACGUGUCAUCAAGCCCCAAUGGUUGGUGGUCAUUGGUGUGUGCACACAUUUGGGUUGCGUGCCCAUUGCGAAUUCCGGUGACUUUGGUGGCUACUAUUGCCCUUGCCAUGGCUCCCACUACGACGCCUCUGGACGUAUUCGCAAGGGCCCGGCGCCACUUAACCUGGAAGUGCCCACUCACGUAUUCCCCGAUGAGGGCACCUUGAUUGUUGGCUAAAGUGCGUGCGGGUUUUUAAAAAGGACGGGCGAUGGAACAGUGUGUUGUUAACGUUUAAGCCGCAAACUAAUGGAUUAAUGUAUAUUAAUAAAUACCACAAAGAAAACAGCAUAUUCGUAUACA